GGUGAAACUAUAUAGAGUAUAUUGUUGUUAAAACAUGUCUCAGUAUUUAAAUAAAACGUUAAUUAAUUACAUUUUAAUACAUGCGUUAAUUAGUGUGACAUUCGGUGAGAAUCAGACUUUAAAUCCAUUCACAUCUACUGAUUGGCAAAAUAGUGAUCAAAAUUUUAGCUCAUUAUUUCACACCAAUUCCUAUUUGUCCACAAAAUAUAUACAUAAGAAUAUCGGCAAUACUGAUGGUUAUAAUACAUAUAAAAGGUGUAAUAAUAAAACAUCAAAUUGCGAUGGUCAAGACCUUUGUUGUCCAAUUGAUGAAACUACUACCAUGUGCAUCCAUUCAAUACAACCUAGGAGUAAAUGCAAAGAAAAACUGGACAAUUUAACGCAAACUGUACGAAAUCAUCGGAUUGUGAGUCCAUUCUCGGACUCAAAUGCUUUACUCGUAAAACAAAGAAUAUAAAUGAGGAAAAGGGAUGUAUUUGUCCAGAAGGCAAAUGGUUUGACUACGACUCCACUAAACUCAUGUGUGUGGACGACAGCAAUGACCCGAACACAGCGAUGCAAAUCUAUAAGAUUACAAUGAUCUUCGCCUCCUGUUGUUUGGCACUUAUACUCAUCAUAUUCCUCGUCUGCAUAUUGAGA